UCAGCAAUCGUACGGAGUAACUCGUGAAAUUAUCGCUUUCGGAGACGCCUGUUGUUUCUUCAUCGUUGUUUAUUCAUUGCGGAAGUAUUGUUCUAAUUUAGCCUUUCUCUUCUCGCUUUACUCUUGUUGAAUCUAGGCUCUGAGCCGGGACCUUUUUCGAUUCGAAUAAACAAAGUGGAUUGGCUAUAAUUCGUUUCUCUCGUCUCCAGUAGCCAUGGAUGUGCCAGAACCCGAUCAGACUCCUUUUACCGCAGUGACGGCACAAACAUCGAGAAUAGCGCAACAAUACCAAGCUUAUCUCGAUGCAUGCACACCAUUCACUCUUUAUCGAUGGCUGGGAACGGGCGCCCUGCUUUGUAUAUUCUUCCUAAGGAUUGUUCUCGCGCAAGGCUGGUAUAUUGUUGCCUAUACCUUGGGAAUCUACCUUUUGAAUCUCUUCCUCGCUUUUCUACAACCAAAAUUCGAUCCAUCCCUCACCCAAGAUGAAGGUCUGGAGGAUGGUGAGGCUCAUGCGUCUUCGCUUCCAACAAAGCAGGAUGAUGAGUUCCGCCCCUUUAUCCGACGACUCCCCGAAUUCAAGUUUUGGCAUUCCGCGACGAGAGCCAUCACAAUUGCUUUCCUCUGCUCAUGGUCCGAGAUCUUCAACAUUCCCGUUUUCUGGCCGGUGUUGGUGGUCUACUGGUUAAUCCUCUUUAGCCUGACGAUGCGACGACAAAUCCAACACAUGAUUAAAUAUCGCUAUGUUCCCUUUUCUUUCGGCAAAACGAGAUAUGGCCGGACUUAAACGCUAUGGAAAACUCAGUAAGGAUCAAUCAGUUUUUGCAGACUGAGCGGCCUUGCUUCAAUCUGGCGCCCGCUUUCAAUAUUACGGUUUUGGUUAUGGGUGAGGCACACGCAUUAUGAAUAUUCCGUUUGUUCUGGGCAGACCACAAGCAAGCAAAAUAGAGGGUCAUUCAACUUUCUUGUACAAUAUGUUCACGCCGACAUGCUUUACAUGAGCAGGAUUCCUAAUAUCCUGGUGGAUGCUUGUGCGUUAAUCUUCUGUGUCUGCUUCAUAUUUUCCCCCACCCCCUUAACAUUUUGUUCUGUUUCAAUCCUUGAGGGUGGAUUUAUUAUUAAGUUUCUUAAUUUCUUUCUCUUCCCUUACCCUUCAAAUGAAGUUACAAUUUUCACUUUCUUCUUUGAUGUUUACGACAGGAGGAGUUAUAUUGGAUUUCCAUCUGCAAACACUGACAGAGAUUAUCUUGCUCGGACUUCUGUAUGACUAAGUUCACUGUGGGCCAUAUUUCUGAAAGCCCGCUUUAUCUCCCUGGGCAUAUCUUGGGACAAACCUGGAACAAAACAGUUCUCACAGUGACUGUGAAACAGAACGUCAGUUUCAGAAGCAAUGGGCCUACUCUGUCGGUCCCAAACCCGAAAACAAGACUUGAUUCAAGUUUACACGAAUCGAUAAGUGGAGGAAGCUUGUUCUAGGGCCAGGAUCCUUGCCUGGUGACAGUCUAUUAAACAGGUCAGCCUUGAACCUGAUCUGGCUGCAUUGUUAGUCAGACUCUUGGGUACAAGUGCCCAAAAUUCCAGCUUCUCACCCUUGGUUGCUAUCAGGAUUAUAAAUUUUCCCAUCGUCAUACCUAGAAGUUACCGCCAUGUUGCAGGGAAGAGAACGGUGCAUCCAGCUCAACUUGAGAGAGGGAGAGAGAGAGAGGCCCAUGUGCAAAGGAUAUGAGUAAAAGCCACCCUUGACAGGGAUAGUUCCCCUAUCUCGCAUCCGCUUGUAUUUGCAAUGGUAGCGUGGGUUCCCUAAC